AUUACCUAAGAAGUACACAGACGUGUCGCUGUUUGACAAAUGCACUGCUCUUCAUUCUACAGCCUGCUGCUCUGCCCGGUGUUAGCUCUGCUUUUUCUGUCCGCUCGAACCUUCUGCGUGCUCGUGCUGUCAAGUCUGCCAAUGCCAGGAUGGCUGUCCGUCUUUUCCGAUUCAUGACCCCGGUUGUAUCCGUGGCCCUGCUCCAAUGCAGGCGUUCCCCUAGAACCACAGGGCAGCUUCUAACUCUGUCUCCGCCCACUGCGAUAGGAACGUGCCGUAGCAAGAAGACAUGGCCCAAAACCUUCACCGAGGAGGAGCUGAGGAAACGUUUGACUCCGAUGGAGUACCAUGUGACUCAGGAGAAAGGCACAGAAAGUGCUUUCGCCGGAAAACAUACAGAUAACAAAGAGGAAGGAAACUACCACUGUGUCGUCUGCGGGGCCUCUCUUUUCACGUCUGAUAUGAAGUUUGAUUCCGGAUCAGGAUGGCCUUCCUUUUUCGACUUGAUCAAUAAGGACUCUAUAACGAAAACCGAUGACUUUUCGUACGGCAUGCAUAGAGUGGAGAUAAACUGCAGUCAGUGUGGCGCUCACCUGGGCCAUCUCUUUGAUGAUGGACCCCGCCCUUCAAGGAAACGUUACUGCAUAAACUCCGCCUCUCUCACUUUCCAGUCAAAAGACGAUGCCUCUAAUAAGGCGGAACCAACCGGAGCAGCAGGUCAAUCGCCAUCUUCUAGUAAGAACGGUGAACUUUAAUAGUUCUUGAAAUAGACCAAUCAAGUCGCAGAUGUCACGCAUAGGCUACACCAAAGUCACUGUUCCAAAUCAAGCUGUGCAAUCAGUCAGAUAUAUUUUUUGCAACGUUUGUCUAAAUGAUGUCAGGAAUGCAAUAUACACAUCCCAGUAAAUGGCCUUAUGUUUGCCUCUAAACUUCAUGACCUAAGCAAGUUUCUGGUAAACUGUAAUUGGUCCCCGGAAAGUUUGGAAACACUUGGUGGUUGUUUUUAUAAUGUUAGAAGUGUGUUAGUAAUGAUUUUGUGCACAGAGAUACAGUGGGGUUCAAGAGUCAUGAGAGCACAUUGAAAAUAUGUUUAUUUUUAAGUUUACUUAAAAAAAGGUAUGAAGUGCUUAAGUUAUAAAGGCUUAAAUUGAAAAAAUGUUAAGAUUUGCCACCAUGGAAUAUUUCCAGAUCACACUGGGAUUAUCAAGAUUUGUGCAAACUUGCACACUAUAAAAUAUGAUGUGAUCAGUAUGUCACAUCAACAUAUGAAGAGUUAAUUUUGCAAAAACUGAUAAGAAUUUUUAAUAAUCAUGUUUUUCUUACGGUGUAUUCCAAGUUAUAUUUAUCAAACUGCAGUUCGGUUGUUUUGAUUAAGUAAUAACACAAUAAAAACAAUGACACAAUAAAAAAACAUGAUUUUUGAGGUAUCCGUUUUCGCAAACAAAUACGUUCAAAUAAAUCUUCAUCUUUUUUUGUUACUUUAAUUUCACAAAUAAAAGUAAUAAGUCAAUUUAAUUAUAGCAAUUUAUCACUAUUUUUCAACAAAAAUAUAUUUUUCAAAUUAAAAUCGCUCUUUUAUUUUUAGUAUAAAUUUGAAGUACUCUGUAAACAUUGUUUAUUCUUCCAAAUUUUGUCAGUUAUCUAGCCGUUUCACUUAUGGUCAAAGAUGUUUGAACCGUACUUAAUAUUGAAAGCCCAACGAUUGAAAACAAAUCAUGUACGUGCAGUCACAGAGCUGAGCUGUUUCUAAAGUGACAUGCGAUAUAGGGAGGUCAUGAAGUUUGAGGAAAAUGCUAUGCAAGUGCUCCUGCGAGCAGUAAAGUAAGCAAAAGUGGAGUACAAAGCAUUCUUUGAAAUAAAAUGGAACAGAUGAAAAAUGUUUAGUCUGAACACAAACGUAGCCUGACUUUUAAAGGUGCUGUUUUGGUCUCCCUGCUUGUAGUGCCUGUUUAUCUUCGGAGUUAAAUAUUUUCUUGGAUAUGGAUUCACUUUGAUUAUAUUGAAUAUUGAUUCGUUUUGACCAGUGUGAAUAAAGAAGUAUUAAGAAUAA